AGAUGAUGAGUGCAGAUGGGUUUAAAAAGGCAUUUGUACUUUACAUCUUUGCAGUAGUGAUGGACUUCAUCAUGGUGGUCAGUCAGGUCCAGAUAAGGAGAAGGCUGCUGUUAGCCACCUUCCUCUUUCUGUCUGUCUAUGGACAAACUUCAGGACCAUAUUUCAUGGUAACAUUUCCUGCAGUAAUAGAGUCUGGCUCUCAUGUAACAUUCUGUGCGAGUCUUCUGAAGCCUAAUGAGACUCUGCAAAUGGAUGUUUAUCUGGUUGAUGGCAACCAGAGUAGGACUCUUUUUCAAGAGACAGUGGAAAAGGAUCUUCACCACUGCUUUAAUUUUGAGGCUCCACAGGUUGAGGGUGAAUCAGUGCAAAAGAUCAGAGUAGAGGUCAAAGGGGAAAGUUUUAAGAUGACAGAGGAAAGGAGAGUGAUGUUUAAAUCCUAUGAUACAUUGACUUUUAUCCAGACUGAUAAACCCAUCUACAAUCCAGGCCAAACAGUGAAUUUCAGAGUUGUCACUAUGGAUUCUAAUUUUGUCCCACUUAAACAAAAGUACAGCACAGUGUUCCUUCAGGAUAAUCAUAGGAACAGGAUUGGUCAGUGGACAAAUGUGUCCUCGCCAGGUCUGAUACUGCAGCUUUCUCAUGAGCUAAAUGCUGAAGCUCCACAGGGAGAAUAUCAGUUACAUGCUGAGAUUGGAGACAGAUUGAUCACACACCAAUUUAAAGUGGAAAAGUAUGUUUUACCCAAGUUCGAGGUUACAUUAAAAGCACCAGAAGAACACAGCGUUGAUGAAGAAGAAGUGAAGCUAGAAGUUUGUGGAAAGUACACUUAUGGACAACCAGUAUCUGGUCAAGCAGUGGUUCAGGUGUGCCGGCAAUUUAGGCAGCAUUAUUAUGAGCCACGGAUGAUUUCACCCUGUCUGAGUAUGGAGAUGGAUUUGACUGGCUGUGCACUUCUUGUCAUCAAUAUAUCAACCUUCAUGAAUAAUGAAUUUGAAUACAGAUUUGAUGAUCAACUUCAACUUUCUGUUACACUUACAGAGGAAGGAACAGAUAAUUCCAUACUAAAAUCUGAUAGGAUAAGACUUACUUUCGAAAUUGGUAAAGUGGAAAUCCUUGAUUCACCAAAAAACUUUGAACGGGAAAAAGCUAUAGAAGGAAGUAUUAAAGUUACUACCUACAGUGGAACACCAAUUCCAAACAAGAAGGUGUAUCUUUCAGAAGGUGAACGGUGGUCACGAACGCAACUACUCAAUCUUACUACAGAUAGUAAUGGUAUGGCAAACUUCUCAGUCCCUUCACCUGAACAUCCUGAAACAGAAAUAUUAUUGAGGGCAAGUGUCUAUCCAGAGGAAAAAUACCACCCAUACAAAACACCAUUCUUUUCAACUGCAGAAAAACAUAUACAGCUGCUCCAACCUGCUACACCUUACAGUCCAGUUUUCAGUGAACUCUCAAUAGAGAGCUCAGAGGAACCAUUUAAAUGUGGUGCUGAAAUUCCCAUAACCAUUAACUACUAUAUUGUUGGGGAAACUGCUGAAAAUUACAGCAUUGAUAUUAUAUACAUGGUCUUAUCUAAAGGAGCCAUAGUCCAUCAUGGGCAUGAGACUGUUGAAGUGGAAGAGUCUACGGGUGUCAGAAAAGGAAAAGUCUCAUUUAACCUAUCUGUUCAUGUUGAGCUAGCUCCUGUAGUGCAGGUUGUAGUGUACUCUGUCCUGCCCAGUGAGAACAUCAUUGCUGCUAGCAAGAACUUUGAAAUUGAAAAAUGUUUCAGAAAUAAGGUUUCGCUACAGUUCUCUCCCUCCAAGGCAGUUCCAGGUGAGAAGAACAAUCUUGAUGUUUCAGCUCAUCCUGGAUCAUUGUGUGGCCUCAGUGCAAUAGAUCAGAGUGUGUUCCUCUUGGAAUCUGGAAACCGCCUAAACGCUGACAAGAUAUUUAAUUUGUUGCCAGUGACAUCGGCAUCAGAUUAUCCCUAUACAAUUGAAGAUCAGCUGGAGUGCUUGCAUGUUAGACCCCAGCGGCAUGUACAGGUUGACCAUGUAUACAAUACAUUAAAGGGAGUGGGGCUGAAGAUGGCAACAAAUUUGGCUGUUAGACAACCUCAUUGUUUGAUGUACAAGGGCAAACAGUAUCAUCGUGAACGGAUAUAUGGAAUUGCAUACAGGAAUUUCGCUCAUCCAGUUGCAUUAGCAGAUUUUCAUCAAAGAUAUGAACCCAUCAAGACAGUUCGUAAAUUCUUUCCAGAAACUUGGAUAUGGCAACUUCUUGAAGUUGGAGACUCUGGAUCAGUACCGCUUCCUGUCACUGUUCCUGACACUAUCACCACUUGGGAGACAGAGGCUUUCUGUGUGUCCUCUAGGGGUCUGGGUUUGGCUCCUCCUGUUCAGCUCACUGUGUUUCAGCCCUUCUUCCUGGAGCUCUCAUUGCCCUACUCCAUUAUCCGGGGAGAGGUUUUUGAGCUGAAGGCCACUGUCUUCAGUUAUCUUUCUAAAUGCAUUAUGGUUAAAGUGACUCCAGCCCCUUCCUUAGAUUACACUCUGGAACCAUCUUCUGAUGGCGAGUAUUCAUCCUGCCUGUGUGAAAAUGGAAGAAAGACCUUCAAAUGGACUCUAAUUCCCUCUGUGCUUGGAGUCUUGAAUGUGACAGUGAGUGCAGAGGCAGAACAAUCCCAGACCGUGUGUGAUAAUGAGAUUGUAAGUGUUCCAGAGAGAGGCCGUAUUGACACAGUUAUACGAAGCCUCAUUGUGCAGGCUGAAGGAACCGAAAAUACAAAGAGCCAAAGCUGGUUAUUAUGCCCACAAGGCAACAGUGUUUCAGAGGAAUUGGAGCUGACUCUUCCUGAGGAUGUAAUAGAUGGAUCAGCACGAGCUUCUGUUUCAGUGCUUGGAGACAUACUUGGCCGUGCAUUAAAAAAUCUGGAUGGACUGUUAAGGAUGCCAUAUGGCUGUGGAGAACAAAACAUCGCUAUCCUUGCCCCCAAUAUCUACAUUCUUCAGUAUCUAGAGAACACUGAGCAGCUCACCACGGAUGUCCGUGAGAAGGCUAAUGGUUUCCUUAAGAGUGGUUACCAGAGGCAGUUAAACUAUAAGCAUUUUAGUGGUGGAUAUAGCACAUUUGGCAGUGGAGAGGAGAACACAUGGUUAACUGCGUUUGUCUUAAAGACUUUUGGCAAAGCACAACAUUUCAUCUUUAUUGAUCCAGACAUCAUUAACAGUGCAAAGCAAUGGCUCAUAAGUAUGCAGAGAUCAGAUGGCUGUUUUAUACAACAUGGAAAAUUGUUCAAUAAUAGAAUGAAGGGUGGUGUAAAUGAUGAAGUGACCAUUACUGCCUACAUCACUGCAGCAUUCCUUGAAUUGGGCAUUACAGUAAGAGAUCCUGUUGUGAAUAAAGGGCUGUUGUGCCUAAAAUCUUCUAUUCAUAACCUGACAAACACCUACACCACUGCGCUCUUGGCCUACACUUUCAGUCUGGCUGGAGAGAAGGAAAUUCGGGAGCAGCUACUAAAAGAUUUGGAUAAUGUUGCUAUUGUUGGAGAUGGUCAUCUUCACUGGUCUCAGUCAGCAUUAGAUGAGUCCGGGUCAUUGUCAGUGGAAAUCAGUUCCUAUGUGCUGCUAGCAGUUCUUACCACAGGCCAACUUACUGCUGCCAAUUUGGGCUAUGCUAAUAGGAUAGUCAGCUGGCUGGUGAAGCAGCAAAAUCCCUAUGGAGGCUUUUCCUCCACCCAGGACACAGUCGUGGCUCUCCAUGCUCUGGCUUUGUACUCCACUAAAGUGUUCAGCUCAGAAGGCUCUAGCACCGUAACUGUAAAGUCAGCUGGACACAGUCACAACUUUGAUGUGAACCAGAACAACAAGUUACUGUACCAAGAAAGAUCAUUGCAAGAUGUUCCUGGCAGAUACAGCAUAGACGUGACGGGCUCCGCCUGCGUGUCAGUGCAGACAGUACUUUUCUACAAUGUCCCCACACCUACUGAAAUCAGUACACUUGACGUUACAGCGAAUACUGAGGGAAACUGCACAAAAUCAUUUGGUCACAGUUUGACCAUCAGGUUCUCUGUCCAAUAUAAUGGGGAACUAAACAGCACUAACAUGGUCAUAGUGGACAUAAAACUGUUAUCAGGUUUCACAGCAGAUCCUGGUGAACUACAAAACCAGAUUAUGGUUGAACGAGUUGAUUCCAAGGAUGAGCAUAUUAUCAUGUAUAUAAAAGAGCUUGAAAGGAAUAUUCCUAUCAACUAUCAUCUACACAUUAAACAAAUGCUGCCUGUCAAAAAUCUCAAGCCAGCUGUGAUCAAAGUUUAUGAUUACUACCAAACAAAUGACCAGUCUGAAACGAAGUACACCUCCCCCUGUGUCUAAGCUUCCAGAUCUGCAUUAAAGAUUCAGAAAACCUCUGGAUAUCUUCUUUGUGCUGUGUUUUUCCUUUAAAAGCAAAAUGAAAUUUUGCAUAUAUGUAUAUGUAUGUGUGUAUGUUCCAUCUAAACACACAGAAUACACACAGAAUACAAUCAUGUACUUAUGUACUCAUGGUUUAGACAAUAUUUUAGCAAUUUUCCCUUAGUAAGAGCAUUCACAAUAGGAACAUUUAAAAUAUAAGCUCUUGUUGAGUCGGUCAUUUAGUUCAAUCCAUGAUCUUCAGCUGGUUUUUUUUUUUUGGUCCACUUGAUAGUAAAGCUGAAUUCUCCUGCAUCUAAACAAAUGUACACAGUGCCUUGCUUUGUAUUCAUCUCCCCUGAAAUUUUGUCUUCUGAAUAAAAUAAAUUUUCUCUUGAAAUAAA